AUGGGCCGGGCAGGCUACGACACAACCUACGUCUGCACGACCACCGACUCAGCCGCAAGCACCACAAUCGCCAUGGCAGAUGCCCAGCGCGCCAAAGACGCUAAGAUGGCAGAACAACAGGCAAGAGCAGCUCAAGAGGCCAAGUUGAUCAAGAAUAAACAUUCGCGUGGGAUCGUGGCAAAGCGAUUGGCGAUGCAGCAGAAGACUACUUCUGCUGCGGCGGCGGUGAAGAAGAAGAGCGGGAGCGGGAGCGGAAGCGGAAAUUCUUGA